UCCACGGAUACGCAGAUGACAACCUAACAACAGAUUCUUACUUGUUUGAAGUACACUCGAUUAUUUCAUAGCUAUUAUUAAUCGUGUUAAAUUCGUUAGGAGAGAGUGAGAUUUCUCUUGACAAAGAUUUCUCUUAAUUUUUUUUUUAUUUUAAUUUCCCCAAUUAGAGACAGAAUUAGAUUAAAAACUGUAAACGCGGAAAUUUUCUUGUGUCGGAAUAGUGAUCGACAUGACGUAAUGAGAGCUAAAAAGACAGGAAGUAAACUAGUAUUUAUUUGAAUUGCCUGAAGCCUUCUGGUUGAUUGACGGAUGACAUAGAAAAAUAUACUAUAGUAAACUGUAAGUGUAACAGUGAUAUAUAUAUCGUAAUAAAAUAAUUUAAUCUAGUUAACGUUUGUAUAUCAUCAAAAUUAAGUUAUUGGAUGCACACAAAUUCCUUCAAUAUCGAUCAGUUCUAGUGAAAAUUGUGAAAAGUGAAGACAUUGCUGACAUAUUUAUAUGGAUACAAUCAGUAUUGUUUAUAUCAGUGCGGAAGUGAUUAUUGGCGUGGCCUCGUGCGGCGGAAAUGGAUUGGUUCUAUUAGCUAUUUUAAAACAUCGCAGACUGCAGACAGUUACAAACUGUUUCAUUGGUAGCUUGGCGUUGGCAGAUUUUUUAGUUGGGGUCGUCGUCGCUCCAUUGGCAGCUUUAAGCUAUUUAGGACUACCUCAUAAUUUUUCUGGCUGUGUUUUUACAAAUUCGAUUAUUGUUGCAUUCACACAAGUGUCUAUUUUCAACUUGUUAGCCGUGGCAUUUGAGAGAUAUUUUGCGAUCAAACAUCCGUUUGCAUACACGAAGCAUCUAGAUAUUAAGCUUUCUUUGCUGGUAAAUGCUGGAGUAUGGUUUCUAGGUAUGGUUAUCGGAUUAAUACCAUUGUUCGGAUGGAAUCUUGAGGACAAACGUAACGAAAAUUGGACUUGUAAUUUUGAAACUGUUAUAGACAUGGAAUAUACAGUGUAUUUCCAUUUCUUUGGAUGUAUUGUGAUACCUUUGAUUAUUAUAAUUGCUAUAUAUUGUUAUAUUUUCAUAAUUGUGCGGCAGCACAUGUCUAGGAUUACAGCUCUGACUAUCCCAUCGCCGCAAUACAGCACGUCAAGUAGUUUAACAAAAUUUAAAAAAGAAAUUCAAGCCGCAAAAUCACUUGCUAUUGUUAUUUUAUUAUUUGCAAUCUCUUGGAUUCCAAUACAUGUUCUCAAUACUAUAACGUUGAUGUGCACAAAUUGUUCUAGCCCAGUAGAACUUUUACUAGCAACGAUAGUGCUGAGUCAUGCUAAUUCCGCCAUAAACCCGUUCCUAUAUGCAUACAGUAACGGUAAUUUUAAAAGCGCAUUUAAGAAAAUGUUUUGUAAUCAGACUACUAAUGAAACACAUACAACAGCCAAUGCUGGAAAUUCACAAAUACAAAGUACAAGAAGCGUGGCAAACAUUUCAGGUAACCUGGAUAUUGAGAGUCAGCAGCAGAACAUUGUAAACUUGUUAAGCUAUAAGAAACUUUUAAGAUAAGUGUAAAUAAAAGUUAGUUCAUUAAAAACUUGGUUGAUUUCAAAAUGAAUUCAUCAUUUGUGUUUAAAUUUCCCUUUGCACUCAAAGGGUGGUGUCAUCCUGGCGAUUAGAUCUUUCCGCCAUUUUUUAUCAUUUCAAUGAACAAUUAAAUCAUUCGGAACAUCUCGGGUCUGACAACCAUAAUUAAUUGAAAAAUGCCCAAUUAUAACCAAAUCCGAUUUUGUAUUUUCAGUUUCUACAACCAUAAUAAUAAGUAAUAUAAAUAAUGUAUUGUUUACUUUUAUAUUGAUAAAUGCACUAAAUUUAGGUGGACUUUUGCUUGAUAUAUUGGUGUAAAUUUUGUCAUCAACUCCUAGCAUUAAAUUACUAUUUGUUUAGUUUCUUAGCGUAGGUUGGACUUCGAGAUUUUUCUCUAGAAGGGACAGACUCUACACUUUAUCCUAUUAAAAAUAUGAAAGAAAAGGUUUUAUACACGCAGAACACAAAAUGUCACGUGGUAUAGCAAUUCCUAUUUUGGGACCUCAAGCUAAUACAUAAGUAACUCCGAAACUCAGCUCAUUUUUUUAAAUGCAAUGCAAAUUGCAUGUAUUGUUAAUUAUGCAUGGUUUGGACAACUUUUUCAUAAUUUGCAAUUCGGAUCUGAUACGACCUUUUCAUGAGUAAUCUAUAAAAUAUGAUGAUAUAUGCAACACAGAAUAUGGCAUUCCAUUUACAUGCGGUUCACUAGAAAUAACCAUUAAUUAUUUUAUAUUUUAAAUGAACUUAACUUUUCACAUAAGAACCUCACAAAAUGUUUUGUUUAACUAUUUUUUAAGUUGUCUGUGUUUGCAGACAAUAUGUUGUCGUUUUUAUCUUUAAAAAAUUGUGGACUAUAGACAACGUUAUUCUAAUUUCGAAUACAUGUCAACUUAAACAUCUUAUAUGGCCAAAACUUUGUUAGCAUGAUCCUGAUACUCAUACUGACCGUCUA